GUAUAAUAGUAUAAUUUUAAAACCAAACAAAGUGAUUUGGAGUUGACACUUUAAACUGGCACAAGCAUACAUGUAUAUAUCAUUUGCAAUAUUUGGCGGGAUAUUGUACUUCAAGUGGCAUGGAUGCAAAUUAUGGAUGAAAAUAAUAUAGUUGACCUCCUGGACAGGCUUUCCCUGCCCUCGAUGCCCACACCUGAUGGAUAUUUUUAGUGGCCGAGAUGGUACCGCUUGAAUAGAGGAGUGGGACAUUGUGAUAAAUGAAAAGAAGAAGAAAAAAUAGUAAGAAAAAUGUGAUUUAAUCAUAACUGAUCUGCUAUCACAAUACUCAGCAAUAGUAUCUCAAUUACAUGUUUUUUUCUUAUAUUGUGCAGCCCUACUCCGUACUCGAGAUUGUCAAAAGACUCCAAAGCUCACAAUGCUAAAACAGUGAAACUUUGCUAUAUACUGUAUACUAUAUAUCCUUUUGUCUGCUGAAAUUUCGCUGUCUUUCGAAGCCUGACUGAACCCCAGACAUGGUCUUAUGUGCUGUAGAAAAUAAAGUUUUCUUCUAAAUAGCUCACAUCUUUGUGCUUCGUCUGAUUUUAUUUUUAAACGCCUUACUAACAUUGAAAAUUGCUAAAUAGGAGUAUUCUUUCAUAUGAACAACUUCCACACUGAAGGCUGUCUUCAGUGGUAAUGCUGGUGGUAAUGGUGCAAUCACUGAUUGGAAAAAGAUGGAAAAAUUCCAACUAGCCAAUAAUCUAUCAGCGCCAAAUAAUCUGAAUAACCAGUAAUAAUCAAUGUCCGAUUUCCUAGUGCAUCACAUGUGCAGCAGCCAAAUUGGGUCAUACUGGAUUAUUACCUGGAGCUUGUUUGGGGACAGCAGGGCCUCCAGAAACUCUUGUAAGAGCAGGCCAGAUGGAGGCCACUAAUUAUUACUCAUGAGUUUCAUGUGUUUUAAUUAGGUUUGUUGCUAAGGCAGAAGUUGAAACUUCAGAUCUUUCUUAGGAUUUUUUAAACAUCCUACAAAUCUGUAAAUUCAUGUACCAAUAUACCAAAAAAUAUACUGAUGAUUCGACAUGUUAGAAACUACUUCUUUACCCCUCACAAAAUUUCCUAAACUCUCCUAAUUUGAUAUUCCAGGUGAGAAUUCUUACUUCACGAGGAUUUUUCUAACUUGGAAUUCAGAAGAUGCUGAGAUCAGAUAAAACACAACAUUAACUAAAGCUGGGCUCCCAAGUAAAAUUCUCCCGGGCCCGGACAGAACACCAGCCUUGAUUACAUAAACAUUCUGAGAAGGUGACAAUCAGCAUUUGUCUUAUCAAGCAAUCCUGACCUUAAUAGGCCAACGUCAACAUCCUGUCAGGUAUGCCAAUGUAUGCAGAUUGUUUACGAUUUGAAUUUCUCCGAUGUGCAUGGAUGGAAACACAGCUGGGUUUGUCCUGAAGUGCGGGAAGUUUAGUGACCUUAUUGCUGGGCAGAAUCCAGCUGCCUGUCGGUGAGAGAAGAGGGAUGUUUCCACAGAGCUGUGUUGUAGUAAAGAGGGGCUGUUCCCUCAGUAGAUCCCAGCUCAGCUCAGUCCGUCCAGACCAGCGGCUGGGUUGAAGGCUGGGGACUAGGCGGCGACGCAGCGACGCAUUUUACAGGUAAAAGUGGCUCCAAGUCGAGCUACGUUUUAUAUUCUGACAUUUUGGGGUACAUAUAUGUGUGUGUGUGUCUGUGUGUGUUAUUUUGCUCAUGUCACGACACAUGCAGCGGCUGAGCUGCUGCUGCUGCUGCUGUUUGGACGCAGACAGACGGUCUCGUCUCCUUCAACAAUCUUCCAGCUGUCCUCCCACAAGUUAAAGCCGAGUCGAGUCGAGCCGAGCCAGCUGCCUCGGACUGAGGUCUCUCCUGACUGGCUGUCCUUUCCUGCUCCUCCGCGGACUGAAACCGCGACUCUUCCCGGAAAGACGCGGCGUCAGGAGGCGACGCCAGCUGGGGAGGAUGGCGGUCUCUCUCUCUCUCUCUAUCUCUCUGCUGAAACUUGCAGCCGCUGUUUGCGGACGCGCUCCCAUCAGCUGAAGGUUAAAGAUUGCUGAUGGAGCUAACCGGGCUAGCGUUAGCCCUCAGAUGUCGAAGAGACACAUUCCUACAAAAUUACGCGGUUUUAUCUUUCCCUACUCACGUUCAUAGACUUAACUCAAGGUGAACACACUGACUGGAGAGUGGAAUGAAAACGCUUCAUCCUUGGCUUACAUCCAGAAAGCGUGUUUAAAUACUCCAACAACAGUUACUGAUAUCUAGUUUUAACUUGUAAAAUAGCUCCUUCACGUCCUCAUCGGUGUUCUGUGAUGGAGGCAGUUAUAAAACACAGCAUGUGUGCUGGAGGACCAACACGCCGAAUUCAACCAAGGACCCUCUCUCAUACGUUGAUGUUUUCAUGACUUUGGUUUAUCUGAUCGGGAUGUGUUGUUUACUCAGUGAAACCUUAUUCAGACGGAGGUUCGGAGGCAUUUUCGCCAUCUUUCCAUAUCUGUGCACAGCGCGCUUCUUCGGGGCCGUCGAUACCGACCUGCCACGGAACCAGAGCGAGUGAUGGCCUCCGCUGUGCAGCUGUGCCGGUAAUCCUGCCGGUGUGUGUAGGGAAGAAGCAGAGACUUGUGAAGUGACCUUCCUAAAGGCAGAGAAGGGAGAAACACCAGCACCAGCAGAAACAAAUGCCACCAUGUACAGUGUGGAGGACCUCCUCAUCUCUCAUGGAUACAAACUGCCCAGACAUACCGCCUCCUCCACACCUGCGCCAGUCCCUACAUCCUCAUCCCUUCAGCCGACCACAUCCUUGCCACCAUCCUACAGCAAACACCAUGAAAUCCUGGAAAACAGGUCCGGCUCCCGGACAGUGAACGGCUACGAAAGGGGCCCUGCAGUGGCCAUGGGGAACAGCAGUGGAAUAAGGCAGCCCCGGGUAUAUAUUGGCAGCUGCCCCAACAACAACAACAAUGGACCUAGGGAGGGGAGCCAGCCAAAACGGGAGGGUGACAACCGUGGCCAAACUGACACCCACUCCUUGGGAGAGUCGCUGACCUCAGACAGCGGGUUUUGUGAUGGCAACAGAGGGUCACAGCCACAAUCCAAGGAUCUUUCAUACUGGAGGAGGAGAGGCCAGGAUUUCAGUGUGCUGCUGGACUACGCUGACAUCAGGGAACCCCAUGGAAAGGGACAAGGAGGGUACAGCAGGCCAGAAGGGCCUCAACAGGCCAAAGGUCAAGAGCUCUCUGUUGAAGACCGUCAGAGAGCAGCUCAGGAAAGGCAACACUGGGCAGUCCAGGCCCAAGCUCAAGCCUUGGCCCAGGCACAGGGCCGCUCUAGAGACAGGGAGGCAGCCCUCCAGCAAUGGAGAAUGGCAACUGAGAGGAAAUGCCAGAGCCUGGGGACAGAGGAGUGGCAUCCAGCUGUGUGCUUUACCCGCCAGAUGUCUCAGAGCGAGGGGGAGCGUUGGGCACAGGAGCAGCAGCGGCUCCAUGCCAGAACACCAGAGGGCAUGGUAGUCCAUCCCAGGAUCAAAGCUAAGUCCCAGUCCCUGCCCAGGAUGUUACAACCUGAGAGCCUGCAAUAUGUUGACAUAGCAUUGUCUGGUCAGGAAAUGUACAGGCGGGUCAAUGGCCACCCACUGUCCCACCAAGACUUAUAUCGAGCACCUCGCUGGCCAGAAAAUGGUAGGCCAGCUAGUGCCAACCAACUCUCAAUCACACCAAAGGCCCGCUUCUCCCGACCCCCCAGACCUCCUUCUUACGAGAUGCACCAGCAGAUCAGGGGAAGCUGUGAGGUGCUGUCCGGCAGAGAAUCAGUGACUCCCCAGGCAAGGGACAGAACUCCCAUUCCCACAUCGAGAACUAAAGACUCUCAGUUGGACUAUUUUGCACAGGACUCUGGACCUCCAGGAUAUAUCCCUCCUCCAUCAUAUAAAAGAGCUCCAAUAAUGGGAGGGGCGUUCCGAGGAUAUGGUGAUGUUCCUUUUGAGUACAGGUACCGAGGGGAUAUGUAUCCGCAGAUACAAGUGGCUCCUGAUGGAUCUCAUUGGUUCAUCAGACAUCCAGCUUGUUCCUGGCCUGAUCACCAUAGAGAGAGAAGUGCGUCCAGCCAGAAGCAGCUUUACCCUGUGUAUUCAACCCAAGAGCGUUCAGGAGGAGGAGUUCAGUAUAUCUCCUUUGAUGAUCCUCGCAUCCGUCAUAUUUCCUCAGCCCUGGGUGGUAACUCCCUAACGGACGCUGACAAAAUCCGGCACAUCCGUAAUGAGCUUCCCAGCGUCACCGUGUCGGAGCCUGCACCCGACGACAGUGCCUUUUUGCCCCCGCCACUGGGGCCUUUUAUUUCUGCCAAAGUGGCAGAUGAAAAUAACCUGACGUCUUCUAGCAACUUAGACAAUGAAAAUAAAAGGUGGCGAAGUGAUUUGCACAAAGAGACUAUGAGUAACUUCCGAGCACCUGACCAAAACUGCAACAAUAGACAUCUCAACACUCUACCAUCUCCUACAUCCUCCUCUUCAGCUUUUCAGUCACCAUUAACAAGGACCCUUUCCCGUCAGGGGUCCAGUUCGGACCAGUUCUUUGCAGAAACCAUUACACAAGUAAAAACAAUUGUACCAGAGUCAGGAAAAGAAAUUCACAGGAAUACCAAGAGAAGAGUGAGUGAAACCAUCUUCUGCCUCGUGAGCGUCCCUGUUCACACACCAACAAACAUUAACAAAGGCUUAUCAGCUGAUCAGAACAACAAUGAGGCGAUACCAAACCUGACCGUUACAAACACUGACACUUUUGCUGUAGGUCUCAAAGAAAGCCCAAACAUUCGUAGCAAGUCUGUAAAUGAGAUACCCAUCAAAUCACGCUACUCUCACCAUCACACAAUCAGCACAUCGAGGAAUUACAAGAGAGCUCCUUUACGAAAAGAGGUCAUAGACGCCUGGGUACUCCAAGCAAAUGAAGACAAGCAGUUGGGCUUUGGUGGGUCUUGGCCUGGAAACCAAUAUCGUAAUCAGGAAACUCAAACAGGCUCUCCUGUGACAGGUGUUAAGAGUCCAGAAACCCAAAGCCCUAUCAGGAGACAGGAGGCUCUUCAGUCAGCCUCAGAUGCAACCAUGGAUAUUGAUAUUGGGACUGAUUGUACCUCUUCUUAUGGCUACCCAAUGACGGGUCAAAAAAACCUUCAUCCCUCCAGCAACAGCGCCUUCUCCCGUCUCAGCCUAAGCCCAACACAAUCCCAGUCACUUCAGCACACGCAACAGGAUCCAUCUUCUCCUACCAAGAGACAAAAUCAGGGAGAACAUCCAUCAUCUUCUCCUAAGAAGAGCAGUCCACCAGAAAGUGAAGAACAACUGGUUUUUGGGCAAUUUCUUUUAAAGCCAGUAAACCGACGACCCUGUGAUGCAAUCGGUCAAUUGGAGACCAUUAACAAAGAGAUGGAAGACACAAUAAGCAAGAGAGUGAAUGUGAGUCAAUUUAAAAAGGAUUUUGACAGUGUUGAUGAAAGACUACCUUGGUUUAAAUCAGGAGCACAUUUCACUAGUGGUCCAGAACCAGGCAGGGAAGCAAUUAGUCUUCCACCAAUGCACAUAGAAAAGCCCAACUAUAUAACAAAGAGGUCAAAGUCAUUUGCCUCUAGUGCUGAUCUAGAAUCCAUGGAAAUGACAAGAACUUUCUCCAAGCCACGAGCCAAUAACAUACCACUAACAGGUAAACAAUUACUGCUUCCCAACUCAGACAGCAGCAACAAUUGUCUCCUGUCCUUUGUUCCCGCUCACAAUGAGUCAAACCAUCUCUACAGGCAGGACAUCCCUGUGCCUCAAGAGUCCUUGUUGAGGGAUGUGGGACUUACUGUCUACACAGAAACUCCUGGUCGUCCUGGAGAGCCAAUGCAACGCUCGCUCUCAGUCCCAUUUCCACUCAGUCAUAAAGAUCAUACUCCAUCUAUGACAGCUCUCAUGAAAACUAGUGGCAGCUUUGAGCACAAUUCAAAUGAAGAACUUGAUCCUAAGUCGAAAGGACAUGCUAAAUUAGACCUCUCACCAUUCAGGGUUGAGACGAAGGUCUGUGGAAUAGAGAGGGAAAGUUGCUUAUCACCUGAAAAAAGCAAUUCUUGUCAUAUUACAAGACAGGCAAUGGAGGUCUCUUUUGUGUUUGUAGAUGAUGGUGAUGAUGGAAGAUAUGCGCUCUCUGAACCUCUGACCUAUAAGAAUGACUCAACAAUUGCAGAUAAGCACUUAGAAAGCCUACUUAAUCAAGAAAAAGCUAACACAUUGCCUGCAGAGGACCUCAGCAACCUGUACGAGGUCAAAUGUGCAAAAGGAAUUCCUGAAAAUGAGUCUAUAGAGGAGAGGGCUGCACGGAUCUUGGGUAUUGCUGUUCCAGUAGAGGCUUUAUGUGUUGCAGACAAACAGUCUGACGAUGAAGAGCCUGACAUGGACGCUAUUUUGGUUGAGAAACAGUUAAAUCCAAAUAAAGAAAUACAGCAUGUGACAAUAAAGUACGUGCAAGUCAAAGAGGAGUCCCUGAUAGUGUACGGAGCAGAUAUGGAAGAGAUCCAGGAGACAGAGUCAGGUGUGGUGCAAGGGGUAGAAGACAGGCUAAAGCACAGCAAUGACCAUAGUGAUGGUCAACAGAACCAGGAUGCAGAAACUCCAUCACUUCUAGACCUUCCCGAGUUCCCACCAAGUAAGCUUCCCCUCUCCCUUCCCAUCACCCCUGGCGAGACCUUAUCGCUGAGCAUAUGUGGUGGGGAGAGGAAAGGAAGAGGUGGAACGUGCAAACUAAUUGAAUCUCUCCAAGAUAAGCUGAACUGUUCUGCAGCUUUGUCUGCUGCAGCUUCAACCGGGUCAACUACAGACAGAAUGGCCCGUUUUAAAGAACUUGACUCUGUGUCUAGAAUAAGACGCCUUAGCCUGAAAACUCCAGAGUCUGUAGAGGAACCCGAAUCUAAAGAAAGAGAAGACCAAAUAAUGGACGCUUGUAAGGAGACAAGGGAGAAUGUUGCUCAGCAACGCCUUGAGAAGGAGGAGCUGGAAGAGAAUGGAAAAAGAAGUCAAAAAGAGGAUAAACAGGAAGAACAUGCCAACUUGGGAGAUCUUGAACAACUAAAGGAAGCGAUUGAUGGGGUUUGUAGGGAAGAGCAAAGGGAUGAAGAGGAGGUACAUGAGAUGAUCAGUGAAACUAGACAAACAGCAAGCAGUGGGCUGAGGGAAGAAAAGCAUUUUAGUACAGAAACUGAGAAAAGAGUGAUGGAAUUGAGAAUUGUAGAAGACAUUGAAAACACCUCAGAGAGUGUAAAAGAAGAGCAUAACCAAGCAUUGGUCUGUAGAGCUGAGACCACUCAACAAUCAGAGGGAGGAAACAUACCAAUACCAAAACAGCGCACCAAGCUCCAGAAGCCUCCUCUUCUUCCUAAACCCCGCAGCGUUCCCAAAAGAGAAAUAACUCUGCCACUAAGCUUCAGCACCGGGACCUGUAGCACCUCUGAUGUGGAGGAUGAGGAAAUGCUCUCUGUCUCAGACUCAUACGACCCCAGUCGAGUAGAGAGGGUGUGACCUCCGACCACUGCCUUCACCACUGUGGAAAUCCGUCUUUCUCUCGUUAACAGCUUUUUCCUCCAACAAAGACUUCCAUCUCACCUCAUGGCUCAGUCAGCUCUGACCCCUCCAACCCCAAAUUCCUUCCAACGUCUGCCAGAACUGACCAUCCUGGUGCUGCGAGAGCAUUUUUACAGCUAAUAAAAGCUACAGCUGGUGCUGGUUCUUUAGAUCGUUCAACUGUGUCACCCCAUUGUUUUCGCCUCUAAACUAGUUAAUGUUCUCAAGCAAGCAGACUUCCUCCUCCCAGAAGUUGUCUCUCCGUUUGGAAGAUUGUGCGUCAUUAUUCCCGUCUGCACUUCUCGGGAGCUUCCAUGUCGAAAACUGAAUGUAAGAGUAUUUCUGUUUAUUAAGCGGAACAGAAAAAAACACAAGGUGACAGUAUUGCAUUACAAUCAGUAUUAACCUACACCAAAUGUAAAUAAAAGAGUUCUAAGAUUUUAUUAAGAUUAUAAAAAAAUCAAUCUAAGACAAUAAAUUGAAAUGUAUAUUUUCUUAUGUAUGUUGAGAGAUUAGAUUUGUUUUGUAAGUGUAAUCCUUACGUGUAUGAGCAGUAAUGAAACUCCUUACCUGUUUUCUCCUAUAGGCGUGUGAUAGAGAAUGUACGAAAUGAGUUUGGAUUGCAAAGAGAAACACUGUGGUCCUUGAAUAGUUAAACUCAAGAGCAAUAUAGCUAUCCUAUACGGGGCGUCUGUGACAUAAUUCCAGUAGUAAAUCUAUUACAAGGAGCUAAUCUCAUUUGCUUUGAAGCUUUACUUUAAGGUACAAGUGUUAGAUUUGCACUGCAGAGAUUACUGGCUCGAUGUUAUUCCCAAACACCUGGUAAUCUCCUCACAUUCUCGGAGAUUACUCUCAGAGCGAUCCUCUUUGCUCGCUCUCAGUAAAUGUAGCCACACUGUGUUUAGAAAUGUCUUUAGUUAAACCACAUACUGUUCCAAAAAUCAUCCCGUACAUUUUGUGUAGAAUUAAUAGACCUGUAUAUACAGUUCCGCUGAGAGGUUUACAUCCAUGUCAUCUUAACCUUGGGCUUUUGAUGAUUUAUUUAAACUAUUUUUCCUCUAGGGUGGAAUGACUAUACAAUGAAUAACAUCAAACAUAAAAAAAGAAUUUGUUGCAUUUGUUUUACAUUUAUUUUGAACAAAAGGGUCCAAAUUAUAUGUGUACAGGCUCAAAUAUACCCAGAAACCCCACUAAUAUUUGGUUAUUUUUACAUUAACAAGGUGUACCUCACUUGCUAAGGCCAACAGAAAGCCUCUGGCAUAAUUCUGGCUGGAUAUUUGAGCACUCUUAUCAGAAAUGAUACAACAUAGUAUAUAAAUGGUCUUGGAGCUGAGGUCAGGGCUUUGGGAAGGCAGUUCCAGAGGUUUAUUGUAACCCCUUUUUAUCCAUUCCAAACCAGUGUUGGUGUGUGUUUGAGAUCUUUGCCCUGUUGGAAAACUCAUUUAACUAUGAACAGGGACAGUGAUGUUCCAGCACCAUCCAUGUUAUGGCAGGUUUGAGUCUUGGUGGUUUUGGGUUGUUUCUCACCAACAUAAGUCGGUUCCAUUUAUCUGAGGGGGAUAGUUUGGGUCUUCUUUAAAUCAUUACAAAUUGGUUUGGGUCAUAUCUGAAUAACAUACAUACAACUUAAAUACAAUUGACCUUAGAAUUUCCAGUUCUGUAGAAAUGACUCCAAAACACAUUCCCGACUUGUGUAAAUUUAAAAUUCUUUCUUAGAUGUUCCCUUGGACUUUCCCAUUUUUCUCAGUAUUGGUUGGGCCAUUGAGUACUGUCAUACAAAAACAAUGUAGAAAUUUCAACACCACUUUUUCAACUAUUUAGCUGAAUGUAUGUAUAAUUCCAGCCCUGUGUGGAUUAGAGGAAAUCCACCAUAAAUUCAAACUUGUGCAUCUUGUUUUUAAAAAUCAUCAAACUUGUAGGUUGCAUAAAUAUUCCACUUUGGUAAAAGAGUGGUUCCAAUAAAUCCUUAAAAGCCCAGAAGGUACUCUGAUAGUCAAACCCAUGAUUGGUUUAUGCAAACCUCUGGAACUGUUUAGGUUUCUUUGUCAGUUUGUGUCCUCUUUGCAGAAAAACAUAGAUGUAGCGUUAUAGAUCGCAGUGUGCCUUGUACACACUGUCUCAGUGGAGAUCUUUAUCUGUGUGUAACCCGUCCGGUUUGCUGUUUUAACUGGACAGUAACAAGCUCCAUUUACUCACUUUAGCAGAUAAACAUAUGAAACUGUUUAGGCAAUAAUAAUAUUAAGCUAGAGAUGCUUAGUAACAAUGCUGUACAGAACAUUGCUGUUGGAAUACUAGUCAGAGUAUCUGGGCGUGUCUAAUAACUUCAUGCUGACAUAUCAGUAUUGUAAAAGUUGCAGGUAGAACUGGCAGUUGGUUAGCAAUAGAAAAAAAUUGACAAACAUGCCAAACCAAACUUUAUGCUAUGCAUUGGACAUUUAUUUUUACCAGCAAAGUUCAAAGCUAAAAUGCUAUUACCCACUUUGCUUGUGCAACCAUAUCAUUCUGUGAUCCAACUGUAUUUAAAUUGUGUGGUAAAACCUGUUUGAACCGGUAUGGAAGCAGUUCUAUGGAGGGUUCAUAACGAGGUUAGGUCUUUGUCCAGUCUCCAACUCAGUAUUCCUGCACCUCCGUGCUCCAGUGUUAUCUGGUUCAUCCUUGUAGAUCUUUUUGUAACAUAAUCUAGACAACUGGUGCACAUCUUGCUUUGAUAUUUUCUAUUUUCUUACAGAAGUAUGUACAGCUUUUUUGUAAGUGCUGCACCCCCUCCCUUUUUAUUUUAGUGCAUGUAAUAUGUAAGAAGUCACAGAAAAGGUGUAUUUGCAUAUAAUAAUUGCAUUUGGUACAAUAUAGUCUAUCCAAUAAACAACUGUUAUAUUUCAUACAAUGUAUAUUUUAUUUUACAAAUGUUAAGCUACAUAUUUAAAACAGAACAUGGUAUUUUUAGAUUAUUGUGAAGACGGAGGUGUUUUUGAAGGCACAGUAUUUAACCAUACUUGGUAUGAUUAUUAAGGCUGAUCAGAAUUCGAGACAAAUCUGUGCUGUUGUUUCCGUGCUGCAGACUGUUCAUAAAUAAAAGUCUUUGCAUGAAA